AUGGCGCUCGACAGCGAGGCCGUCUUCCGGGGGCGCGUCGACAAGUUCGGCCUCGUAGACCUCUGGCCGAAGUUUGAAGAACAUGGCUGGACUACAAUGGGCUCGUUCGCUUUCGCCUGCCCGGUCCAGGCUGGUGGCAACCCAGACCCGGAGGCUUUCCAACGAGAGGUUCUGACUCCGUUGGGCGCCGCCGGAGCCCGCAGCACCACCGCAAUCCGACGCUUGUUCUGGGAUUCAUGGACCCAUUCUUGCGCCAGCAUGCGCCGCGAGAUCGACCGUCGCGAGGACGACCCACUGAUGUCUCUCCCAGCCAAAGAGAUCGCGGUGCGCGUCGAGGCUGUGCGGAAGAAGGCUCUCCCUGGUCUCAACAUCCGGGAUCAGUUCGAGCCGGCUCGUGCAACGGUCACUACGUUCGCCCAGAUGUACGAAGACAACCAGGUCAAGUACGUCCCUUGGGCCGACAUCCCGUCGCGCGCAGACGAGGACGCCAAGCCCGCGGGCAAGAAACCCACGGAGUGGCAGGAAGACGCGCAAGGGUAUGUCAGACACGCCCCAUCACGGUCGGCAGCUUCGGCCGAUUAUGGGACCGAGUUCCGCCUGUACCAGGUCCUGGUUCGGCGCGGCGUGGCGGCCGAGGCCGGGAUGGUGAUGCACUUGGAGGUGAUCCAGCGCCGGGUCACGGGCAGCAGCCCUGACCCGGCUUUCAAUCCGCCCACUUUGGACCAGGUCAAGCGGGCGGAUGUCGAGUUGCGGCGCUUGCUGGCGGAACGCGCCGAGCUCACAGGGAUCCGCCCCGGCAUUGAUGGCAAGUGGCCGCUAGAUGAGCUCGUCCCUAUUCUCCUGGAUCACCCGCGCGUCGCGAUGAUCCUGACGCCUCUGCCGAAGACCGCAGCGCCGCGUGGCGGCGCCGCCGCGAGCGCUCCCGGCGGAGACCGGCAGGGCGACCAGGGCUCGGCAAGGACCAGGGCAGAGAAGCGCAAGGAGUCCAGGCAGAGGCAGGCGGAGAACAAGCGGCAGAAGCCAGCAGAGGUCGCACCCGCCGCAGCGGCGCCGAAGGGGGCCGGCAAGGGCACGCGCACCCCCAUGCCCAGGGGCCUGAUCGGCAAGAACCGGCAGACGCCGGAUGGGCAGCCGUAUUGCUUCGACGCCAACCUCCCGCACGGGUGCCCUCACGCGCAGGCCGCGCCGCUGCUGGCCUCGGCUGUGCACGAGGCGGACCCUGAGCAGCGGAAUAGGCAAAGGCGAUCCCCGCUGGUUCCGGAAUUCUCCGGGUUCGCAGACGUUCGGCUUCCGCCAGAGGCGGCCUUCGCCUUACAGGUGGGCGACGUGCUGCGCGAGCCUGUGCGGCACUGCGACGGCGAAGCGCCCGCAGGGGCCAAGGUCCUCCUCCUCGGCCAGGAGACUGGGGGUGGCCACGGGGCCGAGGCAAGAUGGGUUCCUGCGAAGUUCGGGCUGCCCUGGCACCCCGACGAGUUUGCCCGCGUGGCAGCCGGGGCAGUUGCGCCCUUCGACCAGCUGCCAGAUCUGCGCUCGCACGUUCUCGAGACAGUGUUCUUCGUCCUUACCCGCGGCCCGUCUGAGGUUGUGAGCUUCCGCCGGCUGGCGUUCAAACACUGGGCCCGCCGGGCGCGAGCCUUGGAACAGGACGAGGCGAGGCUGCACGAGUCCAUGGAGCCCGGCGUGCGGCACGUGCUGCGCGGCAAGCGGCUCCUCCUGCUCGAUAAGAUGGCGCAGGCUGCGGGUUACCCAGAUUGCGGGUUGGCAGCCGAGGCGGCCGCGGGCCUGGCGGUCAUCGGAGUGCUCCCGAGGACCGGAGCGUUCCCUCCGCUUCCGGCCCCGGCGAAGGAGUCCGUCGCCGCCGUCCUGGCGCGCGCCGCGGAGGCGCAGCGCGCGGCCGUUGAGUCUGCAGGGCCAUCGUCCGACCCGGCCCUGGACGCGGAGGUCGAGCGAGUGACGCUGGAACAGGAGGCUGCUGGCCUCUUGUCUGCGCCGUUCCUGUCGGUGGCGGAGGUUUCCGCCGCGCUCGGCCCGGACUGGCUCCCCGCCCGAAGGUUCGGCCUCUGGCAGGGAGGGAAGGCGCGGGAGAUCGACGACGCCACAGAGUUCGGUGAGAACUUGAUGGUGGAGCGGACCGAAAAGCUCGAUGUUCUCGGCCUCGACGGUCGCCGGCUUGGCCCGAUGCUGGGCGGGAGCUGUGGCCGGACACUGGAUCUCAGCAAAGCCUACAAGCAGUUGGCCAAGCGGCCAGAACACCGCAGGUACUCAGUCGUCACGUCCUGGUCUACGUCCAGGCGCCGCGUGGAGUUCCGCCUGGCUUAUUCCCUCCUGUUCGGGGAGACCGGCGCCGUGUUUCAGGCCAACCGCUUCUUCCGGCUUCUGGAGUGGCCAGUGUUCUCCGCUCUCGGGGCGCACUUCGACAUGAGCCCCCUUGUCGAACACGGCUGCUUCAGGGUUGGCAACAAGCCGGGCCGGAUAGAGUCCAUCAGCAAGGACCUGGCGAUGAUCGAGGCCAGGGGCCGUGUCCGCCGCGGCGAGCUGGAUUCCCUCAUCGGCAAGUGCCGGUAUGCCAGGUCAAACACAUUCGGCCGGUGCGGCGCUGCGGCAUUGCAGGCCCUCGGCGAGUUCAGGCAGACGUGCGCAGCGGGCGGCCGAAUCGCCCCAAGGGUGAAAUGGGCGCUGUGGUGGUGGCGCCGGUUCUUGAGCUACACCCGGCCAAGGGAGGUGCGCUGCCACCGACGCCUCCCGACGCUGCGUCUGUUCACGGAUGGGGCCUGCACCCCUCGCCCUGGCCGCCUGCCACUGGUGUCGAUCGGCGCCGUACUGUAUCGCACGGGCGCCGCCCCUGUCGUGUGGGGAGCGGAAGUCCCAGGUGAGGUCGUGGCCAGGUGGCAGGACCGCGGGGUGCGCACUGUGGAGCAGGUGAUCGGCCAGGCGGAGCUUGCCCCCGCGGUCGUGGCCCGCCUCCUGUGGCCGGACGUGCUCCGACAGGCAGUGCUGCUCCAUUGGGUUGACAACGAGGCGGCGCGCUUCGGCCUCAUCCGGGGCUAUUCGCCGGUGGAGGCGAGUGCAGAGCUCAUCUCGUGGUCGCAGGAGUUGGACAUGGCGCGCGGCACGGCGUCGUGGGUUGAGAGGGCCCCUUCCCUCGGCAACCCCGCCGACAAGGCGUCUCGCCUGGUGUUCGAUGGAUGCCAGGGCGCGGUUGUGCUGGAG